AAAUAUACAAAUAGUAGAAAACAGAACAGAGCUUCUACUUGUAGAGAGAGAAAGAGAAAGAGAAACAUUUACUGGGAUUUUGUUUCCAUUUCCAUGUUUUCAAAAUGGCAAAUGAGUGAGUGAUUGCAUUUCAGAGAUGGCAGUUCUGAAAACAGAGGAACCUUGUUUUUGUUUUCACUGUUUUCAUUUUCAUCAUAUAAGCAGACAAGCAGGGUCCAAAUGCAAACAUCGACAACAACAAAAACAACAAGUUUUUUAUUCUUCUUCUUCUUUACAAAUCACUUCUGUUUUUGUUUUCAUUCUUCUGCUGCUUUCACUUGUUUUUCCGGCGACCUCAGCCAAAGAAUUCCGGCCGGACCACCAACUUUUCCGGCCACGGGAAGAGUCAAACAAGAUGAAAUUGGUCAAAAAUCGUCUCAUGAAGAUCAAUAAACCUUCUGUCAAAUCAAUUCAGAGCCCAGAUGGUGAUACGAUAGACUGUGUUUUGACUUAUCAUCAACCCGCUUUUGAUCAUCCUAAGUUGAAAGGAACAAAACCAUUGGAUCCACCAGAACGACCAGAAGGUCAUGAUCGACUAGAAAUGAGCUCGGAAAUCCAUCAGUUAUGGACUUUAUCAGGUGAAUUAUGCCCAGAAGGAACAAUUCCAAUACGAAGAACAACUAAGCAAGACAUUUUACGAGCUAAUUCAGUUAGAAAAUUUGGUCGGAAAAUUCCAAAACCAAUCAGAAGAGAUACUUCUAGCUUUGGCCAUGAGCAUGCAGUUGGGUAUGUAAGUGGAAAUAAAUACUAUGGAGCAAAGGCAAGCAUAAAUGUGUGGGCUCCAAAGGUCACCAAUAGAUAUGAAUUCAGCCUAUCACAAAUCUGGGUUAUUUCUGGUUCUUUUGGCAAUGAUCUCAACACCAUUGAAGCUGGUUGGCAGGUUAGCCCAGAGCUGUAUGGAGACAACUACCCUAGGUUCUUCACUUAUUGGACAACCGAUGCAUAUCAAACGACAGGGUGUUACAACUUGUUGUGUUCAGGAUUUAUACAGACAAAUAAUAGGAUUGCAAUUGGAGCUGCUAUAUCUCCGAGGUCUGUAUAUAAUGGCGGACAGUUUGAUAUAAGUUUAAUGAUCUGGAAAGAUCCAAAGCAUGGGAACUGGUGGUUGGAAUUUGGAUCAGGAAUCUUGGUUGGGUACUGGCCCGCUUCUCUAUUCACUCAUCUUCGGGAUCACGCAAGUAUGGUACAAUUUGGGGGAGAAAUUGUGAAUAGCCGGGCUUCGGGUUCCCAUACUAUGACCCAAAUGGGAAGCGGCCAUUUUUCAGGUCUAGGGUUCGGUAAAGCUUCAUAUUUUAGGAACAUGCAAGUCGUUGAUUGGGAUAAUAACUUGAUUCCUUUGUCUAAUUUUAAAGUAUUAGCCGAUCAUCCAAAUUGUUACGAUAUCAGAGGUGGGAACAAUAGGGUUUGGGGUAAUUAUAUUUAUUACGGUGGACCUGGUAAAAAUCCAAGAUGUCCGUAAAAAUACGAGGGGUUUAGCAUUGGUAUAAUUAUAUCAAAAGGUGAAAGUUUUUUCAAAUUUUUCCCCAUUUUUAAUUUUCCUUUCGGGAUGAUGGGUAUUUUUACUGAUAUGUUAGUAUUUUUGUUUUUUUCCCUAACAGAUUGGUUGAUUAGUCUUAGUAAUGUGGAUUAAUCUUAGUAAUGUAAAUUACAGUUUUGGAUUUUAAUAGCAGAUAUAAAUUGGCUUAACGGUAACAGUGCCGGAUUUUAGAUCGA